GCCGCCGGGAGCGGAAGUCGCCAUGGUGCGGUUCAAACACAGGUACCUGCUCUGCGAAGUGGUGUCCGACGACCCCCGCUGCCGCCUGAGUCUGGAUGACCGAGUGCUGGGCGGCCUCGUACGGGACACGAUCGCCCGCCUGCACGGGACUUUCGGCGGGGCCGCCUGCUCCAUCGGCUUCGCGGUGCGAUACCUCAAUGCCUAUACUGGAAUAGUGCUACUUCGAUGCCGAAAGGAGUUCUACCAGCUUGUGUGGUCAGCUCUUCCCUUCAUCACACACUUGGAGAACAAAGGACACCGUUACCCGUGUUUUCUCAACACCUUGCACGUGGGAGGUACAAUUAGAACAUGCCAGAAGUUCCUGAUUCAGUACAACAGGAGACAGCUGUUGAUCUUGUUGCAGAACUGCACUGAUGAAGGGGAGCGGGAAGCUAUCCAGAAGUCUGUCACAAGAAGCUGCUUACUGGAGGAGGAACCGGGUGAGGAGGAGCUUUCCGAUGGUGGUGAGGAGGCUGCUGAAGCAAUGGAGUGAACCUCUGCAGGCUGCACAGUGCCCAAGCCUCGGGGCCCACUUGUUGGAACAGGGCAUUCUGGGAGGCGCUGGAUCUUCUACACUUCCAGGAUCUCCUUUCUCCAUCAUAGAAUGGAUGUCACUCCAAGUCCAUGACACAUCUGAUAGAUUUGUGGCUUUUGCCUCAACCUGCCCUUUCAUCUCAGGCUGGAACACCCUCAUCCCCCUCAGAGUUCCUGACCCUGGAUUUCUGAACGGCUUUCGGUUAACAAUGACAGGUUAUAGCUACGCCCAGCUCACAAUCAUACUAGCUGAUAAUUUAACCUAUUUAUAAUAAGUAUGUCUAGCUGACCUGAAUUGAACUUAAAAAAAAAUCUGCCCUGUCCAGGCAGCUCAGUUGGUUAGAGCAUCGUCCCGAUACGCCAAGGUUGCAGGCUCAAUCUCCAGUCAGGGAACACACAAAAAUCAACCAAUGAAUGCAUAAAUAAGGGGAACAAAAAUCAAUGUUUCUUUUUUUCCCCUCUCUCUAAAAACUCAAUGAAUUAAAUAAAUAAAACAGAAAGCUCA